CAUUGUUGGUGCAUUGAGGAAUCAGGAUCAUGGCGCGGUUGCUGGUGGCGUCGCUCGUGGCACUGCUGUCCGUCGCAGUGUACUACUAUGCAUUUGUGCUGUCCGACGCCGUUGCUCAGCUGCAGCACACGCCGCUCGCCGCAGAGUACGACUUUAUCGUGGUCGGCUCGGGCAGCGCUGGAGCGGUUGUUGCCGCGCGCCUGGCUCAGCGACUCCCCAACAAGACCGUCCUGCUGCUCGAAUCUGGCGGAUCCGACGUUCAGCUCGAAAUCCAAAUGCCGGCGGCAGCUGCCAUGCUGCAGCGCACCAAGGUGGACUACCACUACCAGAGCGUGCCGCAGAAAAACUCGCACUGGGCAAUGAAAGGCCAGGUGUCCAACUGGCCGCGCGGUCGUGUGCUUGGCGGAUCGGCCAGCCUCAACUACAUGGCGUACGUCCGCGGACACAAGAAUGACUAUGACGGCUGGGCUGCUGGCGGUGCGACGGGCUGGGAUUGGGACAGUGUGCUGCCCUACUUUAUGCGCUCCGAGGACAACUACCAGUUCAAUCGGCCGCAGGUGAGCGACAGCGUCCACGGCCACGGCGGAUUUCUCGAAGUGACCGACAUGGAAGAUCGCAACCGCGUCACCGAGCUGUUCGUCGACGCGGGUGUCGAAGCCGGCUUCAAGCUGAUUGACUUUAACGACGGGCAGCAGGACGGUGUCAACUUUUGCCCGCGCACAGUCACUCGUAAGCAAGAGCGCUGCUCGCCGACCCACUGUCUGCUGCGCCCCAUGCUCGCUUCCGGCAAAUUCCCAAACCUCAGCGUCGCCACCUUUGCAACCGUCAAGCGCGUGACUUUCGAGGAGACCGCCGCCGGUGCCCAGCGCGCCGUCGGCCUCGAGAUUGUCCGUGCUGUCGAUCCGCGCGCGGCAGACGCCGUCCACACCAGCGUCCGUGCUCGGCAGGAGAUUGUGCUGUCUGGCGGUACGAUUGGCUCUGCCCACAUUCUUCUCAAUUCGGGCGUUGGCCCUCGCGCUCAGCUUGAGGCCCUCGACAUUCCAGUUGUGGCCGACCUCCCUGUCGGCGAAAACCUGCAAGACCACAUGGUGUCCCCCCUCAAGUUUGCCACCCCGACCAUUGAAACUCUCGGACCCAAGAGCGAAAACAUUCGCAACGUGCUCCAGUACCUGGUCUACGGCCGUGGCCCACUCACGUCGAACGGCGUCGAAGCCUGCCUGUUUACCGAAACGGGUGCGCGCCCCGACCUCAACAUGCCGGACUUGCAGCUGCAGUUCAUUCCCACGGCAUCCACCAUCGUCGACUUGCAGAAUUUCAACUACAAUGCAUCCUUGACGGAGCUGAUGCUGCGCGACCAGGACGGCUUUAUCAUUGCCCCGACGCUGCUCCACCCCAAGAGCCGAGGCACCAUCAAGCUGGCCUCCAACGACCCUCUGGCGUAUCCCAUCAUCGAUCCCAACUACCUGGCUGAAGAGGAAGACGUUGAAACGCUGGCACGAGGCGUUGCUCUCGCCUACAAACUUGUCACCACCACCAACGCCUACCGCGGCCUUGCCUUCCACACACUGGACUUGUUCAACGAGUUCCUUGUCAAUGCCUCCAUUCCUGUUGAACCGUAUUCGCACGAAUUCUUCAGCCUGGUGGUCCGCUACCUCUCGGCGACCGUUUACCAUCCCACUGGCACAUGCAAGAUGGGCUCUGCCAGCGAUCCUACUUCCGUGGUUUUGCCUUCGUUGCAAGUGAAGGGAAUCGAGGGUCUUCGUGUCGCGGAUGCAUCAGUCAUGCCGAACGUGGUCGGCGGAAACACGAACGCGCCCGUCAUCAUGAUUGGCGAAAAGGCCGUCGAUCUCAUCAUUGCUGACUGCUCGAGUUGCUAGACAUGUGGAACGCCGUUGCCAAUCAAGUGUACAUUUCAUGCUUAACAAGCCAAUUUUCGCAACACUUCUUGUUGCCUGUUCUUCCCCCCGCCUUUUUUUCGCAAAAACCAUCUAAAUCUAUUCCACGC